AUGACUCCACCAAAGAAGAAACAAAAGAAAGAUAAUGGAAAUGAUGCUACAACCACUACCAAUAAAUCAUCAAAUAAUUCGAAAAUAUCAAGAGCAAUAUCUGCAUGUAAAAGAUGUAGAUCUAAAAAGAUUAAAUGUGAUCUGAAAUUUCCUCAAUGUGGGAAUUGCACUACUCAUAAAGUUGAAUGUAUUGGAGUUGAUCCAGUUACUGGUAGAGAAAUUCCAAGAAGUUAUGUUGUUCAUUUAGAAGAAACUGUUAAAAAAUUAGAACACCAAUUAUUGGAAUUUCAAUCAAAUGGAAGUACUAGUUUAGAUUCACAUUUGAGUCAUUUAGCUAACGGAAAUGAACAUAAUAAUAUAGAUCCAACUAUACAUAUGCAAGGAAAUGAUCUUCAACAACAACAACAACCAUCAAACACAAACGGACAUCAUCUUGCUAGUUUAAAUAAAGGAGAUAUAACAUUUCUGAAAUUAAUGUCAACGGCAGUUAAAGUUCAAAAAAGGAAUAAUGAAAAAAGACCAAAUAUUGAUUCAAAUAAUGGAACAGUUACAGAAGAUGAAGAUGAAGAUGAAAUAAAUCAUUCAGCAGCAGUAUUACCACCAAAAUCAACAGCUUUACAAUUUUGUCAAAUUUUUUUCCAUCAAUGUAAUGCACAAUUACCAUUAUUUCACAGAGAAGAAUUCAUAAGAGAUUAUUUUAUACCAAUAUACGGACCAGUUGAAUCAAAAAAUUUUAAUUUUGCAAAUAAUAAUGGAGAAAUUAAUGAUUCAUUCUGGAAAAAUAAAAAAUAUGAUUCAUUUUGGUUUGAUACUUAUAAAUUAAAAUUUCAAAAUUUGUUAAAUGGUAAAAAUGAAGAUAUUAAAAUUAUUUCAAAUAGUAUUAUACCGCCUAAAAAAUAUCACAUACCGUUGUUUUUUUUAAAUAUGGUUUUUGCAAUUGCUUCUUCUGUUCAUCAUUUACGUUAUCCUUCCCACAUAUCUGAAUCUUUUAGAUUAGCAGCAAUGAAAUAUUAUGAUGAAGUAAAAGAAAAUCAAGAUAGAUUGUUAGCAUUACAAGGGAUAUUAAUAUAUGCUUAUUAUUCUAUAAUGAGGCCAACAAAUCCUGGAAUAUGGUAUAUUAUGGGAGAAGCUUUGAGAAUAUGUGUUGAUUUAGAUUUACAAAAUGAAUUAAAGACAAAAUCAAAAGAAAAUUUGAAUAUAGAUCCAUAUACUAGAGAUAAGAGAAGAAGAAUAUUUUGGUGUACAUAUUCAAUAGAUCGACAAAUUUGCUUUUAUUUGGAUAGACCAUUUGGAAUACCUGAUGAAAGUAUUAAUACUCCAUUACCUACAAUUUUAGAUGAUCUGAAAUUAAAACCACAAGAAUCAUUACCAGAUGCGAAUUUUGAAGAUCCAAGUUAUAAACAUAUUUCAUUAGCUUUUAUAAAUGUUAGACAAUUACAAAGUGAGAUUACCAAAAUUUUAUAUGCAACAAAUAGUGAGAUCCCAAGACAAUUUAAAGAUUUGGAACAUUGGAAAUUAGAUGUAUUACAAAGAUUAAAUGAUUGGUAUCAACAAAUCCCGACAAAAACACAAAUAAAUUGUGAUUUUAAUUCAAUUUUUUUUAAAUUAAAUUAUCAUCAUGCUUUGUUGUAUAUUCAUGGUUUAGGUCCAAGAAAUUAUAAUUUAUCAUGGAAUGAUUUACAACAAGUUUCAAUAUCAUCUAGAGAAAUUAUUGAUGUUUAUUAUGAAUUAUUUACUACAAAAUCCGUGAAUUAUACAUGGGCUGGUGUUCAUAAUUUAUUUAUGGCAGGUACAUCUUAUUUAUAUACAUUAUUCAAUAAUGAAGAAAUAAGAAAUUCAAAUCCAAUAGAUAAAGUAUUAAAAAUUACAUCAAAUUGUUUUCAAAUUUUACAAUCAUUAAUUGAUAAAUGUGAUGCAGCAAAUUAUUGUUGUGAAAUUUUUCAUAAUUUAACUAAAAUUAUAAUUCAAUUAAAAUAUCCAAGUUAUCAAAAUUUUGAAAAUUUAAAAAUUUCAAAAGAAUCUUUAUAUAAUAUUAAUAAUGGGAAUGUUAAUCUGAAUCUUUUCACUUUAGUUAAUGAACUUGAUCAUUUAAAUCCUUUAGUUUCUCCACAUACUGGACAAAUAAGUAAUCAAGUAUCUCCUAAAACUCAACUAAUACAACAUCAACAACAACACGACAAUCAAAACGACAAUCAACCACUAGUAGAUUCAAAUCAGUUACCACAAUUUGAUAAUUUUGAAUGGAAUGAUGUUGAUUUAGAUUAUUUCUUUCAAGAAUUAAAUCAUUAUCAACAACUGGAUAAAUCGAGUCCUACUAAUAAUAAAGAAGGUAGAAUGUCUUUUGAAUUAUUACAUAAUAUGACAAAUGAAAGAAUUUGGGAUGAAUUUUUCACUUCUAAAUAA